UAAAGAUGCACUUAAUUCUAAUUUAUUACCAUAUAUUACAAAUUGUAUUUGUGGGUAUUGGGAGAUUUGAAAUUUGAACUCCAACUUUACCCUAUUAAUUACAUAUUUGUUUUUAUUAUCUUCAAUGUUUAUUUUCAAUUAAGAAUAAUAAAAUGUAAUUAAUUAAUAAUCAAUAUAAUUUUCGAGUAAUCAUUGUCAAAAAGGUCAAAAAAACAUUAAACAACUCCAAAGACGGAGUUGGAAUCGUAGCUGUACCCACACUUCGCACGCCAGCGGUGACAACCAGCACUUUCCAUUUUCCAAUAAAAUAAUCAAUUAAAAUACCUUAAAUACCCCUCCACCUCCAUUAUUAUUAUUAUUUUAGCCACUAACCUAAUCUAUCAACUACCCCUCUUUUGCCUAUAAAAUAACCCUUUCUUCUUCAUUUGAAAACCUUCUUCAGCUUUGCCUUUAAUUGCUCUCUGUUUCUUGUUAGUCAAUCAGCUAAGUAUUCUUUCAAAAAUCUCCUCUCUCUCUCUUUUUAAAAUUUGGGGAUUUGGUUUUAGGGUUUCGUCUUUGUUAAUGUCCGAUCUGUGAAUUUGGGUAAGUGUCGGUGUAAAAAAAAGGCGGUCUAAUGAUCUUGGGUGUUCAAUGAGUUUCGCUAUCCCUAUGCAUCGGAUCCAUAUUCUUCACUCGUUCUCGGUCGUUUUCCUUUACUGGUUCUAUGUUUUCUCAAGGACUACCCCUUUGUUCAUCAAUGUGAUCGUUUAAAGCUAAGUUGUAGUUACUAGAUUAGUUUCUGUGAUUAUUGAAAGAAAUAAAAUCUCUAAAUUUUCAUUUAAUUUGUUAAAAAUAAUUUCCCUCCCACCUGAGAUGGCUACUGUGCAAAAACCGGCGAGUUCCUCCGAAUCCGACCCAAGAUGCGCCAACAUGGACGAGAAGAAAAGGAAGAGGAUGCUGUCGAACCGUGAAUCAGCGAGGCGAUCGCGUAUGAAGAAACAAAAGCUACUCGAAGAUUUAGUUAACGAAGUGAGUGCAUUGCAGAAAAAUAACACCCAGAUCUGUGAAAAGAUCAAGUUCACAACCCAACGCUUCGUCAAAAUGGAAGCUUCCAACAGUGUCUUAAGAGCUCAAAUAAUUGAAUUGACCGAGAGCUUGCAGUCCUUGAACUCGAUACUGCACAUGGCGGAAGACGGAAGCGGGUACGACGUCGAUAUCCUGGAGAUCUCCGAUCCUCUGAUGAAGCCAUGGCAACUCCCUUGUUCGACGCAGCCGAUAUGCUCGACUUUUGAUGGAUAAAAUUUAAAAAAAAAAAAAAAAAACUUCUUCCUUUAUGCACAGCAAAUUUGUAUGUUGCGUUUUAGCCUUUGGCGAAAUAUUUAAAGUAGCUUUUAUCAUUUAUGUUUGCAGAAACCUUCUGGUAUUUGCCCUUUCGUGUGUCUGUACUUUGGGAUAUUCUAUAGAUAUAUGGAAAUAUGUUAAUUUACAAA